CCUUUCCUUUGCCUAUUUUCUCUGCCUGCAGAUGCAAAUGCCUUGAGAGGCCCGAGGUUGGUGUCUGGAGAGACUGGGGGAGCCGUCACCAUCCACUGUCAUUAUGCCCCCUCCUCAGUCAACAGGCAUCAAAGGAAAUACUGGUGCCGCCUGCGGCCUCCGCUGUGGGUCUGCCACACCAUCGCGUCCACCAACCGCUAUACUCACCGUGACUAUCAUGGGCGCGUGGCUCUCACUGACUUUCCACAGAAUGGUUUGUUCCGGGUGAGGCUGUCCCAGCUGUCUCGGGAUGACACGGGACUUUAUCGCUGCGGCAUAGGAGACCGGAAUGACAUGCUCUUCUUCAGCAUGAACCUGAUUGUGUCCACAGGUCCUUCCAACACCACCUAUGCGGCAGCUCCAGCUUCUACUGAGCCCAUCACAGCCUCUGGAACAGCCUCUGUAGCAGCCAACAGAUGGACCUCAGAAGUCACCCAGAGUCUAGAAGACCUAGGCUCAGGAUGGAGCCCAAGAGCUCCAACUACAGGUAUAAGCAACACUACCUCCUCAGCCAAUGGAAAGCAAACCCUAAGAAAAACUUCGACAACAGUUCCAUGGACAAGCAGCAGAGAGGAUGACCCUAUCAAGGCAACAGUCUCCACUCCAGAGAGUUCAGCUCCAAAACCAAGAAGUGUAUUCAGUACGACACAGGACGUUUGGAUAUGGGGCUCCAGAAACUCAGUAACGACUAGUGUUAGCGCUCAUGAGGGUAGGAAUAAAGGCACAACUCUAGAGGCUUAUGGGCCACAGGAGGAAGCAGAGGUCAGUACGUCUCCAGAUGCACCCAGGAAGACCACGGGAGCCACAAGACCACCAGUCCUGCACUCAGAACAUGUGACCCAGGAAACUCUACAAGAGGGAACAAAGGUUUCUAAACAACAAAUGCUGUACUCCACGGAGGAGAAGUCACCCCCAGCUCCAAGUGUAUGGACCUGGAACACUACACAUAUGGAGGUGGCAUCUGGGGGAGGAAGCAAUGAUGGGAGCCUAGAAAACACUGCUGAAGAACAUAGCCCCUCCACACGAAGCCAGCUUCCAGCAGUGGGCUCUACGUGGGUCCCUGGCAAGGGGUCAUCCAUGAAGAGUGCUUUCAUAGGUGAAGAAAGCAACUCUUGGAUCCUGACUCCCAUCUUCACCGUGCUGGCCCUGGUUCUGCUUGCAGCUCUGGUCCUACUGAAAAGGAGCGUCUGGAGAGAGAGGACCUCUCAGGAGGCAGAAAGGGUACCAAGGAUCACUCUAAUUCAAAUGACACAUUUCCUACCAGACAAGCUCUCUGAUGUGGGUACAAACUUGUGGCAGGAUGACCUUCCUCCUACCCAAGCCAGCCUGACUGUCCUGGAGGACCCAGGACCCUGAGGAUGGGAAGACAAACAGCUCAGUCACCACGGAAGGAGGACCAAGACCAAACAGCUCCGUGGCUUCUUCAUCAUUUUCUCACUUUCCUUUGCCCA